AUGAGACUUUUUUGGAUACUUUGUCUAGCUCAAUGGGUAUCUGCCGAGACAGUCUUCUUCCCAAUUACCUUGACUUGGUCGAACCGGACUGUUGCUGGAGUCACUAGACCGGUGAUCUCGGUGAAUGGACAAUUCCCUGGGCCACCGUUGAACCUGAAACAAGGCGAUAAUGUUCAGGUCUUGGUUACUAACAGGUGCCCAUUCAAUGCUACUGUGCACUUCCAUGGAAUUGAGCAGUUAGGAACACCCUGGUCGGAUGGUGUUCCUGGCGUCUCCCAGCGAUCUAUCGUACCAAACAGCUCAUUUCUUUAUAGAUGGACUGCGAAUGAUUACGGCGCAUAUUGGUAUCAUGCGCAUCAUCGUGGAUCUCUUGAAGAUGGCCUUUUUGGACCAAUCUACAUCAAGCCAGCGCCUACAGUGCAAAGACCUUUCAGCCUCAUCUCGAAUAGUACUGCACAGCUAAACGCUAUGCUAGCUGCUGAGACUGUGACUUGCCCAGUCUUGCUAUCGGAUUGGCGCUCUCUCACGUCAGAGCAGAUCUGGGAUGCCGAAUUGGCAUCCGGCGUUGACUCCUUUUGUGCUAAUGCCUUGCUUGUCAAUGGAAAAGGAUCUGUGACAUGUCUGCCGCGUGAUCAGAUUGAUGCUCUGACAACGCCUGCUCAGCGAGCAGUCCUGGGACCGAACCAGAGUCUAACGGAUAUGGCAUGUUGGCCUCCAAAUAUUACAGAUGCAACUUUCAACUUCCCUCACAAUUACAGUGCUGUCUUACCAACAAUGUUUGAGGGUUGUGUACCAUCCCAAGGACCCCAAGAAGUACUUACUGUCAAUGCAUCUCAACAAUUUGUUAGCUGGGACUUUACAAGCACAUCUGGGGUGGUUCAAAUGACUGUUUCAAUCGACGAACACGUCAUGUGGGUGUACGCCAUUGACGGACGAUAUGUCCAACCGAGACAAGUGAACGCACUCACAAUCCCCAACUCAAACCGCUACUCGGUCCUCAUUCCACUCACCCAACCGCGAGGCGAUUACACAGUGCGCGUGGUCAGCGCCAGCGUGCAACAACUCCUCAACACCACUGCCAUCAUGCGAUACAGAGGCACGCCCCAGCUCAACCGACCCUCCAAUCCAUGGAUAACAAUCAACAAUCAAAACGCCACUGCAAAUACUGUGUUCCUGAAUGAGUCUUCGGUUGUUCCAUUCCCAGUCCUCGUGCCAUCCAAUAACGUCGACCAAACUUUCCUCCUUCACGUUAGCCAAAUAGGCAACUCCUGGCGUUGGAGACUCGGCAACACAAGCUUUGGUCUUGAACUCGAGGAAUCACAGCCGCUUCUCUUCAACCAGACAGCUAUCCCUAGCGAUCUGAUCAUUCGUACAAGAAACAACACGUGGGUUGAUCUGAUCAUUCAGGUCGAUACUAUCCUGCAGCCUGCGCAUCCUAUUCACAAGCACUCGAACAAGCAUUUCCUCAUUGGCCAGGGCAAUGGGACAUUCACUUGGAAUACCGUUGCUGAGGCCGUGCAGGCGAAUCCAGCAAAUUUCAAUCUGCUCACGCCGCAGUAUCGGGAUACCUCCAAUACGCCAAUCCCGAUCACAGGCCCCACAUGGCUCGUUUUGCGGUAUCAUGUGGUGAAUCCUGGGGCAUUCUUGAUGCAUUGCCAUAUUCAAGUCCAUCAGAGUGGUGGUAUGGCCUUGGCUAUGCUGGACGGAGUGGAUGCUUGGCCGACUAUUCCGCCUAAUUACUUGAAUGAUUCUGGGUUUUAA